AUGAACACACGCUUUACCACGGUAACAACUAUUGUGAACAGUCUACCAGCAUGGAUAUCAUCAUAUUCCACUCAGAAAACAAAUACAUCUAGUCAAGGUUUUGGUUGGAAAGGUGUUGGACAUACAUAUGAUGAGCAAGUUCGUCUUCGAGACAUGGCUACUAUGGUUGCUGCCUGGCCUAAAGCUGUUGAGGACAACGUGCCUACAGUGCCAUGUUUAUCAGCUGAUGGUCAUUUGCUUGUACUAAGUGCUAGUGCAAGUCGU